AUGAGCCGGAAUGCAAAAAACUUCAUUGAUAGGUUGCGGAUAUAUGUAAAGUCUGGUUCUGGAAGUGCUGGUAACCCUGUGAUUCGUGGAAAAGGAGGCAACGGUGGAAGCGUUUAUCUUCGUAGCAAGGAAGGGCGCACUCUUUCUGAUGUUUUAACAGAGUUUCCCAAAAAGCGUUUCAUUGCAGGUCCAGGACGUCCGUGCAGUUCUCGACGUGGGACCUGUAUCGGAACCAAUGCUAAGGACAUCGAAGUGGUUGUACCGGUUGGAAUUACCGUCUCGUGCAGCAAUCCUGGGCAGCCAAGUAGAAUAAUCGGUGACCUUGAUGAGCCCGGUCAUCGAUUGCUGGUGGCCCAAGGCGGUUUCGGUGGGUCUGCAGUGACAAAUUACCUUGGAACACCCGGUGAAGCCCGUUCAAUCGUUCUUGACCUCAAGUUAAUGGCAGACUUCGGUCUCAUUGGGCUACCAAAUGCUGGCAAGUCCAGCUUGCUUCAAGCAAUCUCUGGAGCUAAGGCGAAAAUCGCUUCCUACCCUUUCACAACGCUUCGGCCUCAAAUUGCAACAAUUAAAUUCCCCGACCAUCGAAAGAUUACGAUGACAGAUUUGCCAGGUCUUGCAGACAUCGCCGCCAAAUUUGACCCCUCUACAAUUUCAUCAAGCGACGACGGGAGUGCCCAGCCACCACUGAAACACACGGCCUUCUUGAAGCACGUCGAGCGCACCUCGUGCCUUCUCGUCGUCCUUGACGCUCUUGGCUUCAGGGCAAAUCAGCACGCGCCCUUGCGAAGUUCACUGGCGUGCGCCAUGCUCGUUGUCAGCCAGCUUCAGCGCUAUGCUCUGGGUCGCCUUCUUGGCAAGCCCAUGUUGUGCGUCAUUAAUAAGAUCGAUCUGCCCUAUGCACAGGAGGCAGCCGAGGAGGCGCGAGAGGCCCUCUUGAGUGCCGACUACGACGCCGUGAAGAAGGCCAGUGGCCUGCCGAGUGUGCUGUUGCCGCGACACGAAUUCCGCUUCGAAGACGUCUUCCUCGUUUCCGCGAAGGAGCGCAAGAACCUACCGGAACUCAAAGAUGGGCUUCGGAAGUGGCUCGAUGUGAUCGAAAUGAGGCGCCGACAGUCAGACCUCGAUGAAACCGAAGCCUCGUGCAGGCAGAGUGUCCAGUCGGCGUUGAAAGACUACCUCCCUACCACCUCUUAA